AUGGAAGAUAUUAUUUCGAGACUUUAUCAAUGUAUUUCUAUCCCAACUAUCUAUACUCUAUUAAAUCCUAUUCUAACUACAUUUUUUAUUUUAUUUUAUUGUUUAAAUUGGGGUGAUCAUCCUGGGAAAGUUCCAAAUGGAGCAACUCCGAGUACCGUUUUGUCACAAAAUCCAAACAUGUUUGAUUUUCAUAUAACUUGUAAUGAUAACGCAUCACCAGCAUGCAGUGCCAUGGAUACAUACAAUCGAGCUGGGCAAAUCAUUUCCGAUAAUUUAAUUUUAAAUACAAAAAUUAUUGUGGAAAUUACGGUUGAAAGGAGGCCUGAAACUUUCUGGGGUGCUACUUAUCCAGCGAAAGUAUUUAACAACUUAGAUGAUAUUAGAAGAUAUUUUCCUACAGCGCUAAUAAAACAAGUACAGCCUGGUUUUCCACCUACGGGGACAGAUAUUUUCAUCACAAUUAAUUCUAGUCGUGAUCCAGAUACGUAUUAUCCUGGAACUGGUCAAAUUCAAGCUAAUCAACAUGAUUUUCUUGAGUUAGUCCUUCAUGAAUUACAACACGGACUUGGAUUUGAAACAGUUUGGUAUCAAUUACAAGGCAAUGAUCUAUUUCCGGAUUUUGAUUAUACUUUGGACAAUAAUGGUGUGGUUACAUUUCAGUCUUUCAAAGAAAAUAUAUUCGAUUAUUUCCUAGUUGUUCAUCCUAUUGGUAGAGGUGUUGAACGUACAACACCCUAUGUACAGGCCUUAAACACUAUGGCUGGUCCAUUCGGUAAAACUUAUAAUAACAUGGGUGAUUUUUACAAUGGAGUCAUUCAACAACAACAACAACAAGGCAAAUCAUAUACCAAAUCUAUGUUAUCCAUGGCUACAUUGCCAUAUAGAAUGAGCUUUAUGGCAAACGAUGGUAAUGAUCCUAUUGCGCUAGAAACGACUUAUAAUCCCUUUAAACUAGGAUCAAGUAUUUCUCAUUUUGCCAAAGAUGUUUAUUCAACCACGUCAGACUUUUUAUUAAUAUCGGAAAGCCAGGCAGGUAAAACAUUAGAAGACAAAGUUGCAGCUUAUGGAAAUGAUCCGGGAGAGGGUAUGGGACCUGAUUUGAGGUCGUUGUUGGCAACUAUGGGUUACGAACUUCGCAUUCCUGGCAGCCCUCCUGUCAAAAGUUCUAACAAAAUUACUACCAAUAAUUCCACUGAUAAAUCGCCAUAUAGUACCAAGGAACUUCGAUGGGAAAUAUGGCCACGUGGUAUAACGAUUAGUGAUGCAAUUGAGAUAGAAAAGCUCUGGUGUGGAUUAUUAUUUCAAGAAGACUCAAUAACGGAUUAUUAUUCAAAGAUAAAGAGAUAUAAUGAUAACGUCAAUCUGCGAAAAGCAUCUCGAAAGAGAAUUUAUUAG